UCCGUUCCCAUCGAUGCAAGCAGAUGGUCGUGCUGCCCUUGGCACCGGUGGCAGACCCUGCCGCGCGACCAAUAUCUUGUUUCAAACCAGUUCACUCUCACCGAACAGACAGAGCCAGGUGGUCGUUGGAGGAGGGCACGAGCUCAGAGAUGCGCAAUCUGAAGCGCUGUGAGGUGAUAGCCAAAGACAAAUAGAAACAGACCUCUAGUGUCAACCGGAUAGAUCAGUGAGAUAUAGGCUAGGUCGGACAAAUGAUUUUUAUUAGUCAAUAAAUUGCUUACAUUUUGAAUACGACGAUUAAAAAAAUUCUAAAGGUAUUGUUCGCGGAGGCUAUUGGUCAAUCAUCGGAGUGUUGAUGGAACAGAACAUUUUUUUCGUAGACUUGUUCUGCUGAAUUGCGGGAAGAGAGAAGAAAAUAAGCCCCCAGUGGAAGAAGGAAAGGGCCCUGACCAUCCCCUGGCCUCCUUUCCUCAAAUAGGCUUUUCCACAGGCUGGGACAACACUGCUCGGUAAACAGAAGCCCACCAGUUAUCUGCAGAGGGAAGACACUGAUGCUCUUGAUCACUGGUGGUUGAUGUCCCAUCUCAAAGCUUUCCUCCAGGCCCUCUUCAGGAUCCCUGCCUCUCCUCUCGGCCCAGAGUAACCAGACAGAGAGCAGACAGCAUGGCUCUCACCUCUCUCCCAUGGCCCCUGUUGGCUUGGAUGUGUGUGGUACUGAAUCUGCCCCUGGUGCAGUCUGGGGAAUGCCCUCGACUAUGUGUGUGUGAGAUCCGGCCCUGGUUUACUCCUCAGUCCACCUACAGGGAGGCCACCACUGUGGACUGUAAUGAUCUGAGGCUAACUCGCAUCCCCACCAACCUGUCAGCGGACACCCAGGUUCUGCUGCUCCAGAGCAACUCCAUUUCCCACACGACCGGUGAGCUGGAGGUCCUGUACAACCUGACGGAGCUGGACCUUUCCCAAAACAACUUCAGCAGUGUGGAGGCGGUGGGCCUGACCAACAUGAACCAACUGACAACCCUGCACUUGGAGGAGAACCAGAUCAGUCAGCUGCCAGACCACUGUCUGCAGGACCUGUCUAACCUGCAAGAGCUCUACAUCAACCACAACCAAAUCAGCUCCAUCACUCCUGGGGCCUUCUCUGGCCUGCGCAGCCUUCUGCGCCUCCACCUCAACUCAAACAAGCUCCGGGUCAUUGAUAGCCGCUGGUUCGAGGCCACCCCCAACCUGGAGAUCCUCAUGAUUGGAGAGAACCCAGUCAUUGGUCUCCUGGACAUGAAUUUCAAACCUCUAGGGACUCUGCGGAGUCUGGUGCUGGCUGGUAUGGAUCUCACCGACGUUCCCAGUAAUGCUCUAGUGGGUUUAGACAACCUGGAGAGUUUAUCCUUCUAUGACAACAAGCUGGUCCGAAUCCCUCAGCUGGCUCUGCAGAAGGUUCCCAAUCUGAAAUUCCUAGAUCUAAACAAAAACCCUGUUCACAAGAUCCAGGAGGGAGACUUCAGGAACAUGCUGCGUCUGAAGGAGUUGGGCAUCAACAACAUGGUGGAGCUGGUAUCCUUUGACCGUUACGCACUAGACAACCUACCUGAACUUACCAAGCUGGAGGCAACCAACAACCCCAAACUUUCCUACAUCCACCGACUGGCCUUCAGGGACGUGCCCUCUCUCGAGAGCCUGAUGCUUAACAACAAUGCCCUCAAUUCGAUUUACCAGCGCACUGUGGAGGUUCUGCCCAAUCUAAGGGAGAUCAGCCUCCACAGCAAUCCUUUGCGUUGCGACUGCGUCUUACAGUGGAUGACCUCCAACCGAACCACAGUGCGUUUCAUGGAGCCCCUCGCCAUGCUUUGUGAUUCUCCACUCGAGUUUCGGGGCCAGCAUGUCAGAGAGGUGAAGCUCCAGGACUCUCCAGAACAGUGUCUGCCCCUCAUCUCCCACGACACCUUCCCCAGCCACCUGAGCCUGGAGCUGGGCAUGAGUGUCAGCCUGGACUGCCGGGCCAUGGCCGAGCCCGAGCCCGAGAUCUACUGGGUCUCCCCUCUGGGGACCAAGAUCACCAUGGACACCGUGUUAGAUCGCUACCACCUGAGCAGCGAGGGGACCCUGAGGCUGUCUCAUGUACAGGUGGAGGAUUCUGGCCGCUACACCUGUGUGGCCCAGAACUCAGAGGGAGCGGACACCCGCGUCACUACCAUCCGUGUCAACGGAACCCUACUGGACAGUGCCGAGGUCAUGAAAAUGUACGUCAAGCAGACCGAGUCCCACUCCAUCCUGGUCUCCUGGAAGGUCAACUCCAAUGUCAUGACCUCCAACCUAAAAUGGGCCUCGGCAACGAUGAAGAUCGACAACCCCCACAUCACGUACACUGCACGUGUCCCUGUGGACGUCCACGAAUACAACCUCACACACCUGCAACCCGCCACCGAGUACGAGGUGUGUCUCACCGUCUCCAACGUCCACCUGCAGACCCACAAGUCAUGCGUCAACGUGACAACCCGCAGUGUCACCUUCGCUCUGGAUGUUUCUGACCAGCGUCCCAGCGUCGCUCUUCUGGCUGUUAUGGCCACCAUGCUGGCCUUCCUCAGCUUGGCCACGGUGGGCAUCUACAUUGCCCGCCGAUGGAAGAGGAAGAACUACCACCAUUCCUUGAAGAAGUACAUGCAGAAGACAUCCUCCAUUCCCCUCAAUGAGCUCUACCCACCUCUAAUCAACCUGUGGGAGGCAGACAGUGAGAAGGACAAGGAGGGCUGUGUGGAGGGCAAACCUUCUCCUGUGGACACCACUCGUAGCUACUACAUGUGGUGAGGAGACCUUACCAGGCCAGACCCUGGAGCUCCCCACAGCAGCACACACAGACACACUUUUGCCAUUUUGGUGCAAAAGUCAUAUAAAGUUGCAAAUGUUUUUUGUAUCUUCAGCUUUGCUAAUAAGAGGCAGAGUGAAUAAGGACUGGGUUUUUAUUAGUAUAGCGUAUCGCCUUUGUUUGAUUCUCUCCGUAGGUCUUUAAGGUUUUGGACUUUCCAAGAUGGCAGCUGUGCUUAGCUUCCAGGUCGUAUGUCUUAUUAGUUGCUGUGCUCUAUUUCUGUGAUGCAUUUUGAUAGCACAGCUUUUCAAUUUAUUCUUCUGGACUCUGGGUUUUUUAGGGUCUAUUAUGCAGGUUGGGACUACUGUUCCUCUUGCAGUAAUGGUAGAGAUAAAUGUGUCUUUCUCUCGUUUUGUAAGACAGGUAAUCUGUUGUGCACUGAAAGGUAGCAGAGUUUCCUUUACUGAGUUGACUCUAAUUACAAGCUGACUGAGGGAUUUAGACAUGCUAGUCUGCCUACUGAAUAAUGUUAGCGAUUGUACAGUAAUGUUGUAUCAACUAUAAUUUGAGACUUUCGUAAUUGUAAUUGGAAAUAUUAGGAAUUAAUCGGUUGAUAAUCGUGCUUUUUAGAAACGUGAAUGUUAUGAUAACAUACCGUUAUGAGUUAUAGUAGUAGCUUUAUAAUUUAGUCUCAUUUGCUCUUUCCGAUAUUGCUAGAAUCAGUCACUGACUACUUACUUUUGUGAUUUUAACACUCAAAAUGUUGUAUAUGGAUGAGAAAGUUGAAAUAAAAAACUUUUUUUCUUUUUAAAA